GCCAACUUCGAACUGCUGCUUUACUCACUGCGAAAUUGACACAUCAAAAUCUCUGAGCUGGACUACAAAUUUGCAAUAUUUUAAUUUUGAUACUUCAGUCAGAAUUGUGCUAGUUUUGUAGUUAAUAUUCUGAAAUUAGUGGGUUACAAUUUCGUGCACAAGACACAAGAUUUUAACUGUUACUGGGAAACAAGAGCACUUGCUGGAAACUUAUGGAGAGAAACGUGGUCAUGUGAAGUAUCUAGUUCAUAGACAUCAACGACAAUUAGUUGAGAGGGGUAGCUGAGCUCAGUGUUGUAUGUAUGCAGCUGGAGACCAACGAUUCAUUGUUUAAUUAGUGACGUGGAUCGGUGGAUUUUGCGAAUGGAUUCGCGAAUUUAUAGAUUUAGUUCCUGAUUAACGGAGAUCUAAAUUAAAUUGUACAAAUUAUCGCAGGUGACAACCCUCAAAGAAAAGAGAAGUUCAUAAGAAGAAAAUUUCUAAACGUGCAGUGGGUGUAACCAAUAUUUCAACAUAAUGGAUUCCAUAGGAUGUCAAUAAAUAAUCAUUAAUAAUCUAAUAUUCUGACGUGCAUUUGAAGGGGCGAAUUGAACUCACUCCUCAGUCAACAACAAGCUGGAUUUUAUCGGAAAACUGUGACAGUGAAUUUGCUAACUCGUUCCUGCUAACUCUGAAAAAAUGAGUUCAAAAUAUCGCCAAAGUAUUCAAACUCCAUUCCCUUCUCUUCUUGCAAUAUAUUUUCUAGUCUUGCUCUUGUCAAGUGACGGAGUGUUAUCGUUCUAUGUUCCGGGUGUUGCACCGGUCGAGUUUAAGAAGGGGGACCCUCUCGUGAUAAAGGCUGUGAAAAUGACGUCAUCACAAACUCAACUCCCGUACUCAUACUACUCGCUCCCGUUUUGCAAACCCAAUGCCUCCAAACUCGUUUACAAGUCUGAGAAUUUGGGAGAAGUGCUGAGAGGAGAUAGAAUCGUUUCUACGCCGUACGAAUUCAAACUUGGUCAAAAUGUGGCGUGUCAGCUGGCAUGUCACAAUCCGGAAACACCUCUUCAUUGGAAACCCCCGUACGCGACAGAGGCAUUCUCUCACAUCGAACAUCACUACUUUGUUCAUAUGAUCGUGGAUAACCUUCCUUGUGUGACAAAAACAAUUGGUCCAGGUUCAAGCUCUGUUCUUGGUGGUGCAGAAAAUGAAGACACGAACGCUAAUUCCCACUUCCAUGUUGGAUAUCCCCUCGGAUUCAUGUCGCAAGAUAACCAACAUGCCUACAUCAACAAUCACCUUGACUUUAACAUCUUGUAUCAUACGGACGAUGAAAAAUCGUUCCGAGUUGUUGGCUGUGAAAUUACUCCCUCCAGUGUGAAUAGAGUUUUCAUUCGUCCCAAGGAAACUGAUUGCGCGGUCCCCCGAGUAACGGCUGGUCAACAAAACUUUCAAGACAACCAAGAAAUCAAGGCGAAUACAGACAAUGAACUCUUUUUUACAUACAGUGUAGUCUGGACACCAUCUGCUGUGAGAUGGGCAUCGAGAUGGGAUGUCUAUCUACAGAUGACGGACGCCAAUAUUCACUGGUUCUCAAUUAUCAACUCUGUCGUCGUGGUCUUGUUUCUCACAGGAAUAAUCACAAUGAUCAUCAUCCGUACAUUGAGGCGAGAUAUUGCCCGCUAUAACAACAUGGAAGACUCGGCCGAGGAAGCUUUAGAAGAAGUCGGUUGGAAGCUAGUUCAUGGUGAUGUAUUCCGACCACCUAGAUAUCCACGCUUGUUUGCCUCAUUAAUCGGGAGUGGAAUCCAAAUCUUGGGAAUGGCUGUUGUUACAAUUUUUUUUGCAAUGUUUGGGAUGCUGUCUCCUGCCUCGAGGGGUGCCUUGAUGUCGGCAAUGAUUUUUCUUUAUGUCAUUAUGGGAACAUUUGCUGGAUACCACUCUUCAAGACUUUAUCGCAGCAUGAGAGGAAAGGAAUGGAAGAAGCAAGCAUUCAUGACGGCCACACUCUUUCCUGGAAUCGUCUUUGGAACGUGUUUCAUUCUGAACUUCUUCAUUUGGGGAAAGGCGUCCAGUGGGGCUGUCCCGUUUGGCACCAUGAUUUGGCUUCUUGUUUUGUGGUUUGGAAUCUCGCUCCCACUUGUGUACUUGGGCGCUUACUUUGGAUUCAGAAAGCCAUACCAGCAUCCAGUUAGAACAAACCAAAUCCCUAGACAGAUUCCCCCUCAACCGUGGUAUAUUAAACCGAUUGCCAGUGCACUAAUGGCAGGCAUUUUGCCGUUUGGUGCAAUGUUCAUCGAGUUAUUCUUCAUCUACAACGCACUCUGGCAUAACCAAUUUUACUAUAUGUUCGGUUUCUUGUUCUUAGUAUUCCUCAUUCUGCUCGUCUCGGUAUCACAAAUUGCUGUGGUCUUGUGCUACUUCCAGCUAUGUGGCGAGGACUAUCACUGGUGGUGGCGUGUGCUAUUCUCCUCCGGAGGAUCGGCAAUUUACAUGUUUUUCUACGCUGUUUUCUACUUCCAUACUAGAUUAGAAAUCACAGAGUUUAUUCCAACUCUUCUCUAUUUUGCGUAUACUGGUCUGAUGGUGUUGACAGCGUUCCUGCUUACCGGAACAAUCGGCUUUUAUUCUAGUUACAUUUUCCUCACCAAAAUUUAUGGUGCUGUUAAAAUUGAUUAAAUUUUUCACCUAUAUACUGCACAUCUUUGCCCAUAUUGUGAUUAGUCUCGUACUUGCAUACCUUGUCAAACCUUCACCUUUGUUUACGGCACAAACAAUGUGUAUACAAUUUAAGUUGCAUGCAAUUAUCUAUUACAGUGUAGUAUUAAUUUUAUAUUUGUGAUAUUCAUUUGUUUGGAAUUGUAUCCACAAACCCUAUUUGCACGUAGUGUACCGAAUAAUUUUUGUUUAACUCAACCAAAAUUAAUGUAAUAUUUUGUACUGUGUUGUUGUGUCAUAUUUAUUUGUUGAUGUGGUGGGAUUAAAAAAUACAUAAUAGUAAUAUGAGAAAAUGCAC